GGCUCUAAUCGGAAAGUUGAUCAUGUACGUAGACAUCACUUCACAUGGAGACAUAUUUCAUGAGAUGUUUAGACACAGACCACACGACCUCGCUUUGAUAUCCCCAGAUAUCCUUCAUGGUUGUGAGUUUGAUGGUCAAGCAGGAGCUGUUGGGUCCUCCAUCUUCUUCGAGUAUACCCGAGAUGGAAAAAAGCUAACCGCAAAGGCGAUGCUUGAAGAAGUUGAUGAGAAAAACCACAAGGUAGUGUACAAAGUAACUGAAGGAGAUCUUGUGGAGGAGUUAUACAAGUCCUUCAAAAUCAUAUUUCAUGUUGAACCAAAGGGUGAUGGGCAAUUGGCUAUUUGGACACUUGAGUUUGAGAAAAUGAAUACAAACAUGCCUUAUCCAACUUCUUUCAUGGACUAUGUAUUGAAAAUUACCAGGGACUUGGAUGCCCAUAACACUAGUCAAUAGAGGUAUAGCAAGUUCUUAAUAAAAAAUGGAUCAAGAGGAAGUUCAUUGUAUGCAUUUAGUCGAUUAAAUAAGAUAAACGAAUAAAGCAAAGUGAAAAAUAAACCUGAUGGUAGCUAUAUAUGGCUACAUGGCCACAUGGGAACAUGUAUGUUUGCUUUCUCCCAGGAAUCUGUAGACAUGAAUGUUUUGAUUA